AUGGUUUUGUGUUCCCGUCGGGCCGUACCGGGGCACUCAUGGAAGUUCGAUAUCAUCGACAAGAUACUGGACUAUUCGUUGGAAGAUGAGGAUCGCUGCGAGCAUGAUGGAGAUAUUGGCGGACAUGCCGAGAUGGGGAACCUCCUUGUCCCGACAGAGGAAAUUGCAGGAGCAAUGGAAGCAGUGGAGGUUACCAUGGCUGUUGAUGACGAUAACAACGUCACUGUUGCAGAACCUGAUGAGGAAGAACUUCCCGAAGCCAUUGCGGAGCCUGAACAGGAACAGUCUGCCGAGGUCGACUUCGAUGAAGGCUAUGAUGACGAUGAAGAACAAGAACGUCACCCUGUUCUAGUCAUUGAGAACAUCAGGCACAUCGAACGCAUUGCAGCGAGUGCUCAAGUGGCAUUGCAGACACCAUAUUUCCCCAGUCACAGAAGUGCUAUCUGCGUGGAUCCACACCAGCUCGCCUACACGUUCAUGAGCUUCCUUCGCGUUGUGCCGAUGCAUUCCCACGCAUUGGAAGGCCUUCAGCAAAUUUGUGAGUCAACUACAGCGUCAUCCGGCAACAUGUUGACGAUGGCUAUCGUUACGAUCAAAUUGGAUCCAUGGGCGGUCUUGCACGUCUGGAACCCAGUGACAGGUAUCAGCGCCGAAGUAUCGGACACCGAGAUCCUGAAUGAACCUCGCAACGGUCAAGCGACCAAGGACCCCGACGGUACCUUAUUCCUGAGGAGGGAGACCUUCAAUCCUGAGAUGGACAAGACCCAGGAGAACACAUGCUCUGAUGUGCAUUACA